GUUGAAGCUGCUAACCGGAAGUGUCGUCUGCAGCGCGUUGUUGCCCCGUGAGUGGAGAGUGAGAACGGGCAUCAGGCGGCAGGAUGGCGGAUGUAACAGCCCGUAGUUUGCAGUAUGAAUACAAAGCGAACUCUAAUCUUGUACUUCAAGCUGAUCGCUCAUUGAUAGACAGAACCCGCAGAGAUGAACCCACAGGUGAGGUGUUGUCACUUGUGGGGAAGCUGGAAGGAUCCCGGAUGGGUGAUAAAGCUCAGCGAACCAAACCUCAGAUGCAGGAAGAGAGACGAGCUAAGAGAAGAAAGCGAGACGAAGACAGACAUGAUAUUAAUAAGAUGAAAGGAUUCACCCUACUGUCAGAGGGGAUUGAUGAGAUGGUUGGCAUAAUUUAUAAACCAAAAACUAAGGAGACCAGAGAAACCUAUGAAGUGCUUCUUAGCUUUAUCCAAGCAGCCCUGGGCGAUCAGCCACGAGACAUCCUUUGUGGAGCUGCUGAUGAGGUUCUUGCUGUGUUAAAGAAUGAUAAACUAAGAGACAAGGAGAGGAGAAGGGAGGUGGAUCAGCUUUUGGGGCAGACAGACGAUACUAGGUACCAUGUGCUUGUGAACUUGGGCAAAAAGAUUACAGACUACGGUGGAGAUAAGGAAAUUCAGAAUAUGGAUGACAACAUAGAUGAGACAUAUGGAGUAAACGUGCAGUUUGAAUCGGAUGAAGAGGUUGGUGAUGAAGAUGUGUAUGGUGAGGUGCGAGAUGAAGCAUCAGAUGAUGACAUGGAAGGAGAUGAAGCUGUGGUGCGCGGCACAUUGUCAGCCAAUCUUGUGACGUCUGGGGAGUUGAUGAGUUCUAAGAAGAAAGAUCUCCACCCCCGGGAUAUUGAUGCUUUCUGGUUGCAGAGGCAGCUAAGCAGAUUUUAUGAUGAUGCUAUUGUGUCUCAAAAGAAAGCAGAUGAAGUUCUGGAGAUAUUAAAGACUGCAGGUGAUGACCGUGAAUGUGAAAACCAGUUGGUUCUGUUACUGGGUUUCAACACCUUUGAUUUCAUUAAAAUUCUUCGUCAACAUCGUAUGAUGAUCCUGUACUGUACCCUUCUGGCCAGUGCGCAGAGUGAAGCUGAAAAGGAAAGGAUAAUGAGUAAAAUGGAUUCUGAUCCUGAGCUCUCAAAGUACCUGUAUCAGUUGCAAGAGACUGAAAAAGAGGAUUUGAUUAGGGAGGAACGCACACGUAGGGAAAGAGUAAGACAAUCUCGCGUUGACACAGAUUUGGAGAGCAUGGAGCUUGAGCAAGGAGAGUCUUUCACUCCUCGCCAAGUUCUUGACCUGGAGGAUUUGGUAUUUGCUCAGGGCAGUCAUUUUAUGGCCAACAAACGUUGCCAACUCCCUGAUGGUUCAUUCAGACGUCAGAGAAAGGGUUAUGAGGAGGUACACGUGCCUGCCCUAAAACCUAAACCUUUUGGUACAGAUGAGCAACUAGUGGCAGUGGAGAAGUUGCCAAAAUAUGCCCAGGCUGGGUUUGAAGGAUUCAAAACACUGAACAGAAUCCAAAGCAAACUCCACAAAGCUGCUCUGGAAACAGAUGAAAACUUGCUGCUGUGUGCCCCCACUGGAGCUGGUAAAACCAAUGUGGCUCUAAUGUGCAUGCUCCGGGAAAUUGGAAAACACAUCAACGUGGAUGGCACCAUCAAUGUAGACAACUUUAAAAUUAUUUACAUUGCUCCCAUGAGAUCCUUGGUACAGGAAAUGGUGGGAAACUUCAGCAAGAGGUUGGCUACAUACGGUAUCAAUGUGGCAGAGUUAACUGGGGAUCACCAGUUGUGCAAAGAGGAGAUCAAUGCUACGCAGAUCAUAGUCUGCACUCCAGAGAAGUGGGAUAUCAUCACCCGUAAAGGAGGGGAGAGGACUUACACUCAGCUUGUUCGUCUCAUCAUUCUGGAUGAGGUUCACCUGCUGCAUGAUGACAGAGGCCCUGUUUUGGAGUCACUAGUUGCUCGUGCCAUCAGAAAUAUUGAGAUGACCCAAGAAGAUGUGAGAUUGGUUGGUCUCAGUGCCACACUGCCUAACUAUGAGGAUGUGGCAACUUUUCUUCGUGUGGAUCCUGCCAAGGGACUGUUCUAUUUUGAUAACAGUUUCCGCCCAGUGCCUCUGGAACAAACAUAUGUUGGGAUCACAGAAAAAAAAGCCAUCAAACGUUUUCAGAUCAUGAAUGAGAUUGUAUAUGAGAAAAUAAUGGAACAUGCUGGAAAAAAUCAGGUGCUGGUAUUUGUUCACUCCAGGAAGGAGACUGGCAAGACAUCCCGAGCUAUCAGAGACAUGUGUCUAGAGAAGGACACAUUGGGAUUAUUCUUGCGAGAAGGUUCUGCUUCCACUGAAGUCCUGCGUACAGAGGCAGAGCAGUGCAAGAAUUUGGAACUUAAGGAUCUUCUGCCAUACGGAUUUGCUAUUCACCAUGCUGGUAUGAGUCGCGUGGACAGAACUCUGGUGGAGGAUCUGUUUGCUGACAAACACAUUCAGGUUCUUGUUUCAACUGCAACACUGGCCUGGGGUGUGAAUCUUCCAGCUCACACUGUCAUUAUUAAAGGGACACAGGUUUACAGCCCAGAAAAGGGACGCUGGACAGAACUUGGAGCUCUUGAUAUCUUGCAGAUGCUUGGUAGAGCUGGGCGUCCUCAGUAUGACACAAAGGGUGAGGGAAUCCUCAUUACAUCACAUGGGGAGUUACAGUAUUACCUGUCCCUCCUGAAUCAGCAGCUGCCGAUUGAGAGCCAGGUGGUGGCAAAGCUUCCAGACAUGCUGAAUGCUGAGGUGGUACUGGGAAAUGUCCAGAAUGCAAAGGAUGCUGUGAAUUGGUUGGGUUAUACCUAUCUAUACAUCCGCAUGUUGCGCUCUCCCAACCUGUAUGGUAUCUCCCAUGAUGAUCUCAAAUUAGACCCUUUAUUGGAGCAGAGGCGCCUGGAUCUUAUUCACACAGCAGCCCUUUUACUGGACAAGAACAACCUGAUGAAAUAUGACAAGAAGACUGGAAACUUUCAGGUGACAGAGUUGGGUCGUAUUGCCAGUCAUUACUACAUCACCAACGAGUCUGUUCAGACAUACAAUCAACUUUUGAAGCCGACACUCAGUGAGAUUGAACUGUUUCGAGUAUUCUCUCUCUCUUCAGAGUUCAAGAAUAUCACGGUCAGAGAGGAAGAGAAACUAGAACUACAGAAGCUUUUAGAGAGAGUACCAAUCCCUGUGAAGGAGAGUAUUGAGGAACCAAGUGCUAAGAUCAAUGUCCUGCUCCAAGCCUUUAUCUCCCAGCUGAAACUUGAAGGUUUUGCCUUGAUGGCAGAUAUGGUGUAUGUCACACAGUCUGCAGGACGUCUCAUGCGAGCAAUAUUUGAAAUUGUACUGAACAGAGGAUGGGCCCAGCUUACAGACAAGACUUUAAAUCUUUGCAAAAUGAUUGACAAGAGAAUGUGGCAGUCUAUGUGUCCUUUGCGACAGUUCAGAAAACUGCCAGAGGAAGUGGUAAAGAAGAUCGAGAAGAAGAACUUUCCUUUUGAGCGCUUGUAUGAUUUGAAUCACAAUGAGAUAGGCGAACUUAUCCGAAUGCCAAAAAUGGGAAAGACUAUCCAUAAGUAUGUCCAUUUGUUUCCCAAGUUGGACCUGUCUGUACACUUACAGCCCAUCACCCGCUCCACACUCAAGGUGGAGCUCACCAUUACACCAGACUUUCAGUGGGAUGAGAAGGUUCAUGGUUCCUCAGAAGCUUUCUGGAUCUUGGUGGAAGACGUGGACAGUGAAGUGAUCCUGCACCAUGAGUAUUUUCUGCUGAAAGCAAAAUAUGCCCAAGAUGAGCAUCUUGUUACCUUCUUUGUCCCUGUCUUUGAGCCUCUUCCUCCACAAUACUUCAUUCGAGUUGUGUCUGAUAGGUGGCUAUCAUGUGAGACACAACUGCCUGUAUCUUUCCGCCACUUAAUAUUGCCUGAGAAGUACCCUCCUCCUACUGAGCUUCUAGACCUGCAACCUUUGCCUGUGUCAGCCUUGAGAAAUAGCGCCUUUGAGAGCCUCUACCAGGACAAAUUUCCGUUCUUUAACCCUAUCCAGACCCAAGUUUUCAACACCGUGUAUAAUAGUGAUGACAAUGUUUUUGUUGGUGCUCCCACUGGAAGUGGAAAGACCAUUUGUGCAGAGUUUGCCAUCCUAAGAAUGCUGCUACAGAAUUCUGAAGGACGCUGUGUGUAUAUAACCCCAAUGGAGGCCCUGGCAGAGCAAGUGUUCAUGGAUUGGUUUGAGAAGUUUCAGGACAGACUCUACAAGAAAGUGGUUUUGCUUACUGGUGAGACUAGCACAGACUUGAAACUGCUUGGGAAGGGGAACAUCAUCAUCAGUACACCAGAAAAAUGGGAUAUCCUUUCCCGCCGUUGGAAGCAGCGCAAGAAUGUUCAGAAUGUCAGCUUGUUCAUUGUUGAUGAGACUCACCUCAUAGGUGGGGCCAAUGGGCCUGUGUUAGAGGUAAUCUGUUCUCGAAUGCGAUACAUUUCCUCUCAGAUUGAGAGACCUAUCCGUAUUGUGGCUCUCAGCUCUUCCCUCUCCAAUGCUAAAGAUGUGGCUCAUUGGCUGGGUUGCAGCGCCACAGCUACGUUUAAUUUCCAUCCGAAUGUAAGGCCAGUCCCUUUGGAGCUACACAUUCAGGGUUUUAAUAUCAGCCACACACAAACGAGAUUGCUUUCCAUGGCAAAGCCUGUAUACCAUGCUAUUGUGAAACACUCUCCCAAGAAACCAGUCCUUGUCUUUGUCCCAUCAAGAAAGCAAACACGGCUGACUGCUAUUGACAUACUCACUACUUGCGCCUCUGAUGUGCAACGGCAGAGGUUCUUACACUGCACAGAGAAAGAUCUGCUUCCAUACUUGGAUAAAUUAAGUGACAGUACACUUAAAGAGACCUUGCUGAAUGGAGUGGGAUAUCUACAUGAAGGACUUUCCUCAUUGGAGAGGAGAAUAGUUGAACAGCUCUUCAACAGUGGUGCAGUGCAAGUGAUUGUAGCAUCUCGCAGCCUCUGCUGGGGUCUGAAUAUUGCUGCCCAUCUCGUAAUCAUCAUGGACACUCAGUAUUAUAACGGCAAGAUUCACGCAUAUGUGGACUACCCCAUUUACGACGUCCUCCAGAUGGUAGGCUAUGCAAACAGACCUCUGCAGGAUGAUGAAGGGCGUUGUGUCAUUAUGUGUCAAGGGUCAAAGAAGGAUUUUUUCAAGAAGUUUCUUUAUGAGCCACUUCCUGUGGAAUCUCACCUGGACCAUUGCAUGCAUGAUCAUUUUAAUGCAGAGAUUGUAACCAAAACCGUUGAGAACAAACAAGAUGCUGUGGAUUAUCUGACAUGGACUUUCCUUUACCGACGCAUGACUCAGAAUCCCAACUAUUACAACCUGCAAGGUGUAUCACACAGACAUCUGUCAGAUCACCUGUCCGAGCUUGUUGAGCAGACUCUUAGUGAUUUGGAGCAGUCAAAGUGUAUCAGUAUUGAGGAUGAAAUGGAUGUUGCACCUCUCAAUCUGGGCAUGAUCGCAGCAUAUUACUACAUCAACUAUACAACCAUUGAGCUUUUCAGCAUGUCCCUGAAUGCCAAGACAAAAGUUCGUGGUCUGAUAGAAAUCAUCUCCAAUGCUGCAGAAUAUGAGAGCAUACCCAUCCGACACAGAGAGGAUAACCUCCUCCGUCAGCUUGCACAGAAAGUUCCUCACAAACUCACCAAUCCCCGGUUCAAUGACCCCCAUGUGAAGACAAACCUGCUGCUCCAGGCGCAUCUCUCACGUAUGCAGCUUAGCGCCGAACUGCAGUCUGAUACAGAAGAGAUCCUUGGCAAGGCAAUCCGACUCAUCCAGGCUUGUGUAGAUGUGUUAUCCAGUAACGGUUGGCUCAGCCCUGCUUUGGCUGCCAUGGAGCUGGCACAGAUGGUGACCCAGGCUAUGUGGUCCAAGGACUCCUAUCUGAAGCAGUUGCCUUACUUCAGUUCUGAACACAUUAAGCGCUGCACAGACAAGGGAGUGGAGAGCGUUUUUGAUAUCAUGGAGAUGGAAGACGACGAACGCAAUGAGCUGUUGCAGCUUUCUGAUGCCCAGAUGGCAGAUGUGGCAAGGUUUUGCAACCGGUACCCCAACAUUGAGCUGUCUUAUGAAGUUGCAGAGAAGGAAAACAUUAGGAGUGGGGGAGCUGUUGUGGUGCUCGUGCAGCUGGAGAGAGAAGAGGAAGUUACAGGGCCUGUCAUUGCUCCACUUUUCCCCCAGAAACGAGAGGAAGGCUGGUGGGUGGUAAUUGGAGAUUCUAAAUCCAAUAGUCUGAUUUCCAUCAAGAGGCUGACACUUCAGCAGAAAGCCAAGGUAAAACUUGAUUUUGUGGCACCGGCAACAGGAACUCACAAUUAUACCCUUUAUUUCAUGAGUGAUGCUUACAUGGGCUGUGACCAAGAGUACAAGUUCAGUGUGGAUAUCAAGGAAGCAGAGAGCGACAGUGAUUCUGAUUAGAAGGGGCAUUCAGGCUUCCGUGAACAGAGCAGAUUGAUACAUAGGAUUCUAAGUGAACUUGCUCCCAACUGACUGUUUACUUCAAUAUUCAUUUUAGAAAGCUAGUAGAAAAGAGACAAAUUCUGUUCUCCCACAUGUUGGUUACUGUAUAUAUCACCUAGCAAGUAAGCCUGCUCUUGGGGAAAGGUAUGAAUAAGGAGCAACAGGAUGUGCUACAGCAGUAUGCAGGCAUUGCUCCCUGCAUGUACAUGCCAUGUAAAAAAACUAAAUGCUACACACACAAAUUGCGGUCUUUGUAUUGUUUAUUUGUUGUUGGAUUCCAAAAUAAACUUCUGUUUUUGUAAUUUAA